AUCAGAUCUAUUAGAAAAAGUAGAAACCAAAAAUUCGAAAAAUUUAUAUUUCGUACAAAAUUUGAAGUGAAACUUUUUAUAAUUCUUUCGGUAGUCCGUGAUUUUCCACAAAUUAAAAAUGAAUUUUUGUUCGGUGCCUUACGAAGCUGAUUACGGCAUGUAUGCUGACUCGAAGAUGAAGAGCGUGCCUCAGUAUCCGUUGAGCAUGAGCCCUGGACAGGGCCAAGGACAGUCUCUGGCCAUGCAGCCCCUGAAUCCACCGCAGAUGAAUCUGCAGAUGCAGAUGCCGAUGUCGAGUGCUGCUCAGAUGUCCUCGUUCCCCAUACAGGGUAUGCCGAUGGGCAUGAUACCUGCUGGAAAUCAGAUGACCGCCAUGUCCACGACGACCACACAGCUGCCACUGGGAGCGGUCACUCCUCUUAGCAGCAUGACCAUGAUGCCCAUGAUGGGUAAUCCCAUGGGUGCUAUUGAUGCCCCUGGGAUAAAUGCCGUGCUGCCAGACCUGCAGCCCAUGACCUCGAUGGGCCAGAUGCAGCCGAUGCAGCAGUUUAAUCAAUCGCCGUCCGCCACCCAAAUGCAUCAGGGUCGUCUGACUGGAGGAGGCAAUGGGAUGUCAGCGACGUGUCCCUCUUCGCCGUCGCAUGCCGGUGGCUGGAGCACUAGUCCUAACGCCAACCAGAUGAUGACCAACGGCAACAUGUGGCCAUAUAGCCAGGUCAUUCAGAAUUCCCAGCCGCAGUACCACCACCACCACCAGCAGCAGCAGCCGCAGCAGCAGCAUCACUACCAACAGCAACAGCAGGUCACAAGGAUGAAGCCCUCCUACGAGAUGUCGCCUUCUGGCAUGUAUCGGGACAUUCGGAACGGACUGAACACACCGUCCAUGCACGAAUCUGCGAAGAACGGCAAGGGCAAUCAAUCAUUCAAUUGUGGAAAAUCGGUUGGCAAAGUCCCCCAUUGGCGUUGACGACCUCUUUGAGCCCAUCAAGUUGAUUUUUGUGGAUUUCGUGAUUGGUGUCUCUCCAUUUACACUCCCCUACACACUUUUCCAUCGCAAGCAUACACUCACAUGCACACACUCACAAGCACAAACACACCUAGAACAAGAACGUGGUCACAAACAUAUUGGUGUGGAAUAAAUGGUUUAUAUGUUUUGGCCGAAAA